UCAGUAUGUUUAUUUUAUACGUAUACAUAAACGAGCACGUUAGAACACCGACAGUAUGCAGGGAUACGUGUAUCCAUAUCGAUCACAGUGAAAAAUACGUCGAACCUCGUCGAUAUUUGAAGUUCGUUGUAAACUAUUGAUUUUGAAUUGUAUACUUCAGCUUAAACUUUGUAUAUUUUCCUUUAUACGACAGGUUCAAUCAUUUAUUUAUGAUAACGAUCCAAAAAGCGCUUUAAAUAAAUACAGCCUUUAACAGCAUAGAGGGUAGCAGAAUGUGUUAUAAAUUAUAUACGUUUUGUAUAGACAGUUAAUUUUGAUUUACGGUUGCAUUUCGUCUGAUUUUGGAAGUAUAUGAAAUUUCAAAAACUACAAUAUGAUGUUCUCGUCAUCUGACGUGUUUACACAGCUUCAGCCUCGGCACGUUGGCCGGAGAGAACGAAGGCCGGGUGCACGAGAAAGGCACUCAUCCCAACGACAAAGACACGUGCAAGACUCAGACCAUUCUACAGUGAACAGACUAAAAACGUCAGCACAAACGUCUCACACAACAAACAAAACAUCAUAUUCCAUGGAUUCUGCAAUUUCUGAAUUUUCACGCAACAAACGGAACGACAACCCUGGUCACGAGACAGUCACGUCAAGCUACAGAGAGGUUUCAACCAUCGAGGCUAUCCGGGCAAGUAUGAAGGCAACAGCCAGACCUAAAUCUGCACCACCGCCACAUAUACCGGCGUGGAUGGUUAAUUUAGAUAUAAAUCUAGAUGUGACUUCAGUAGAUAUCAUUCCACCAUUUCAGGAAAGUGAGAAGACUAUAAAUUAUAAAGAAAAAGAAACUUUUACUGAAACACCUUCCUUUGCGUUCCUUGACACUGAAUCAGAGGGUAGUGAGGAUGAAGAAGUUCGUUUUAAAGAACAGAAAGAACGGUUCAACUCUGAAAGAACUAAACUGAAUGCAAUGAAAAGUCAAACAAGUGACAGUAUUCAGUCAAGUCGACCGCAAUCAAGGCAAUAUAAUAGACCUUUGUCUUUAAUGGAGGAAACAAGACCGAUGUCAAAUACAUUUAGAAUUGCAGGAAGAUUUUCACCAACAGGAAAAGAGAAUGGGAGUCCUCGACGUUACCAAGGUGACAAGAAAGUGAUGUCCAUGCAACAAGGCGGCAUCCGAAGUACACCGUUUCAGCCGAAAGCAAAGAAAUUCAUUAAUCAGAUGAUAACAUACCGUCACAUGAAACACCAUGACAACAAAAUUCGAAUAGCAAAACCUGCCAUCGACACGAAAAUGCCAGCAACGUUUAAAAUUGCUCUUGAGAGAAAGCAACUAGUUGAGAACAGAUUAAGUGAUUCGUGGAGCAGAAUGUCAACAACGCCAACACCAUCAAAAUCUUCAACAGAAAACAUUUCAAAGACUCAAAGUACACAAAGAUCAAGGUAGUUGCGGACCGAAAGCCAAAUACUGUCUGUGAUAUCUUUAACUGUGAUAAAUCGCUUCAUAUUUAUGCCGUAACUGUAAGCUCGCUUUGGAUUUUAAAGUAGGAAGAUCAAGAUAGUUUUGGAAUGAACUGUUUCUUUUUACGAUGAGUAUAUGAAGCCCGCUGUGGUUAUCUAUAGAACUUUAUUAUGAUCUUUCUACGCUUGGUAGUAUCUAACGUAAAAUAGAAAGGGCAAUGUUUAUUUUUUUCCUUGUUUGUUCUUUUUUUAAAAAAAGAAUUCGUUUAUAUUCAAUAGUAUUGUCAUUUAAUGUUAAUUAUUAUUGUAAUAAGAACUAAGUUAACGAAAAUAAGUGUUUAGUGGCUAAAAGCGUUAGUUAUAUCCGUGUAAAAUAGAAUAUGAAAGAUAA